AUGGAGCUGAUCCCCAACCUUUCCAUGGAAACCUGGGUGCUGCUGGCUAUCAGCCUGGUGCUCCUCUACAUAUAUGGGACCUAUCCUAAUGGGAUUUUUAAGAAGCUCGGCAUUCCUGGACCCAAACCUCUGCCUUUUUGGGGCACCAUGUUGGGCUACCGAAAUGGUUUGUGGAAAUUUGAUAUAGACUGCUAUAAAAAGUAUGGGAAAAUAUGGGGGUUUUAUGACGGUCGACAGCCUGUGCUGGCUAUCACAGAUCCAGAGAUCAUCAAAACAGUGCUGGUGAAAGAAUGCUACUCAGUCUUCACAAACCGUCGGACUUUUGGUCCAGCGGGAUUUAUGAAAAAGGCCAUCACCUUAUCUGAGAAUGAAGAAUGGAAGAGACUUCGAACACUGCUGUCUCCAACUUUCACCAGUGGAAAACUCAAAGAGAUGUUCCCCAUCAUUGGACAGUAUGGAGAUACAUUGGUGAAAAACUUGAGACGAGAAGAAGAGAGAGGGAAGCCCAUCACCAUAAAAGAUAGCCUUGGAGCUUAUAGCAUGGAUGUGAUCACUGGCACAUCAUUUGGAGUGAAUGUAGAUUCUCUCAACAACCCAGAAGAUCCCUUUGUGCAGAAAGCCAAGAAGAUAUUAAAGUGUGGAUUGCUUAACCCAUUUCUUCUCUCUGUAUUUAUGUUUCCAUUCCUUACUCCACUAUAUGAGAUGCUAAGUAUCUCUAUUUUCCCAAACCGGCUACUGGAUUUUUUCUGUGAAUUUGUAAAGAAGAUGAAGCAAAAUCAUCUUGAAACAAAUCAGAAGACCCGAGUGGAUUUUCUUCAGCUGAUGAUAAACACUCAGAACUCCAAAGGCAAAGAGUCCCUGAAAGCUCUGUCUGAUAUGGAGAUCACAGCCCAAUCAGUUGUUUUCAUUUUUGCUGGCUAUGAAGCCACAAGCACGUCCAUUUCCUUCGUGAUGUAUCAACUGGCCACCCACCCUGCUGUGCAGAAGAAACUUCAGGACGAGAUUGACAGAGCUCUGCCCAAUAAGGCACCUGUCACCUAUGAUGCCCUGAUGGACAUGGAAUACCUGGACAUGGUAGUGAAUGAAACUCUCAGAUUGUACCCGGCUGCUAACAGGCUAGAAAGGAUCUCAAAGAAAGAUGUGGAAAUCAAUGGCGUGUUCAUUCCCAAAGGAACUAUAGUUAUGGUACCAACCUAUCCUCUCCAUCGGGAUCCUGAGUACUGGCCAGAGCCUGAGGAGUUCUGCCCUGAAAGGUUCAGCAAGGAGAACAAGGGCAGCAUCAAUCCUUAUGUUUACCUGCCCUUCGGGAAUGGACCCAGGAACUGCCUUGGCAUGAGGUUUGCCCUCAUCAGCAUGAAACUUGCUGUCGUCAGAGUCCUGCAGAACUUCACCCUCCAGCCUUGUGAGAAAACACAGAUACCCUUGAAGUUAAGCAAGCGAACAAUUUUUCAACCAGAAAAACCCAUCAUCCUGAAAGUUGUGUCAAGGUGAAAUCACAAAUGGAGCUUGGGUUUCCCGCAAGAUUUCAGCUGUUCUUCAA